AUGGCCUUUCCUAUCUUGAUCAUCAGCGCCAUCGGCGUAUCCUUUGUUUUUCUGCUGCGUUGGCUCGCGACAUACGCGCGCACAGUCCUCAAGGUCCGCCGUAAUGGCCACCCCGCGAUCCAUAGCGGUAUCAUGCUCUUCGAGUCCGUUGUGCGCUCAUGGUAUCCUCGCAUUCCAGUCUUGGUACCCAUGGAAAAGCUUACUCUGAAGGAUCCCUUCAAGAAAUUCGCUGAUGCGCGAAGCGAUAUGAUUGUGAUUACCGAGGCCACAUCACCUAAUGGCAUUGCCUACCUCUUUGGAUCACCAAAGAUCUUUCGUGAAAUUGGUCGCAAUGGUGACAUCUUCCUCAAACCUCUUGAGAAGAUUCGCUAUCGCAUGCUCAACACUUUUGGACUGCAACUUGCCUCGGCACAGAAUGGUGCUCAGCAUGAGAGGCACAAACGUGUUGUCAAAGCAGUGUUUAACAACGAACUCAUGGAAAAUGGGUGGUACAACAUGCGCAACAUGUGGCGCACUUUGCUCCGUGAAGAGGGCAUCUAUCCAGUGGCUGCCAACUCAGAGACUGCACCCAUCGUACGAGAUAUGAAGUCAACCAUGCUCAAGGUCACACUCGGUGCCAUUGGUGCUUCCUGGUUCGACAUUGAUAUCCCCUGGGACCCAGCCAAGGAGACACAGCGCCAAAAUAAUGAGUUGAUGCCAUUUGCCGAGACACUGAAAGUGGUAUGGGACUCACCAUUUGUGCAGACUGUGCUACCACUCUGGUUCUUGGAAUGGAGUCCCUCGUCGUACUUGCGUCGUGCUGGCUGGGCGCAGCGAUCUCUUGUCGCACAUAUUAAGAAUGCCCAGGCUGAGACAAGGCGAAGAAUCGAAGAAAGGAAAGAUACAACUGAGGUUGAAGGCCGCACAAGAAAGUACAGAAACCUCAUCGAUGCGCUUGUUGAUUCACAAAACGACGUGGAAAAGGCCGAGAGGCUCGAGAAGGGAUAUUUAGCGCCCAAUGUCGGUCUAUCAGACAAAGAGGUCCAGGGCAACAUUUUCUCCUUCAUGGUAACUGGUCAUGAAACAUCCUCGCACACACUGACUUGGGUAUUAUCACUGCUCGCCAAGAACACUGACUGGCAAGAAAAGCUCUAUGAAGAGGUCAGCAAGGUGAACACUAUUCUCUUGGAUGAGGCUUCAGGUCUGGACGGCGCGAAACCACUGAAGUAUCUCGCCUAUGAGGAAAUGUCAAAUCUCCCUCUGAUCCUUGCUGCUACUGUCGAGACCCUUCGUAUGCGCGAUUUAGCUAUGCAGAUGACACGUGUGGCCUCACGUAACACUACACUCAGCUACACAACCUGGGAUGGCGAGAACCCAGCUGAGGCCAAGGUGCAACACCACACUAUCUCCAUUCCUGCGGGCACACGCGUGCACCUCGACACAGCGGCAUUUGGAGUCAAUCCUUUCAAGUGGGAGAACCCAGCAACAUACAACCCGGCACGUCAUAUUCGUGAGACUGAAGAUGCGAAUGGUAACAAAAAGGUGGCCGUUUCCUACGAGGACUUCAUCGGCUACUCAUCUGGUUCACGUCAGUGUAUUGGUAAGCGUUUUGCUGAGGUGACAAUGGUGUGCUUCCUAGCACACACGAUUCUCAACUACCGGUGGGAGGUUGUGGCUGAGCCGGGUGAGACCCAAGAGCAGGCUAAGAUUAGGGCAUCUACUGGUUCGGAACAGUUCAUGUUGACGCCACCGGCUUACGAUCUGCGCUUUAUCAGACGCUAA